AACGCCUGAAAACAUUGAAUGGUGUCACAAUUCUAGGUGAUUGCCGAGGCCAAAAUGUGAUCAUUCCACAACAUGACAAAUUGGAAAGUACGGUUGCAAUUAGGCAUACAGUUUUUUUUAUGAAAUGAAUAUCGCUUUACGCAUUUUUUUCAUAGACUGCUGUUUGUUAUUCAAAUCUGAAGCUAAUGAUGUGUUGUGUCAUUCUGGACUUUCCGUACUUUUACUAUCGCUUAUGCAACUGAGCUCUUGCUGCGUCAUACCGUUCGAGUGGUAUCAGUUGUUGUCAGAGAGUUAAGCCAAUUUUCAUAUUUGGAGUUAGGAGUUUAGGUACAGUGCAAGUAUUAAUACAUGAAUAUUAUUAUUUUUUUGCCAUUAAUCAAAAGGAUAGGAAUUUUGCGGAGAAAGAACACCACAUUGGAAAGCUAAAUGCAAUUUUUUGAAAGAAGACAAAAUGUUGUUCUGUAAUUACACUUAAUGUGUCUGCAAAUAAGUGUGUUAACCACUACGACCUUAAACGCUUACUAAGCAGACAUCGCUUAAUUCUCUAGUUACCGAUUUAGGUUUAUAUACACUUCGCGAGAAUCGAUUGAAAAACAGCGACGUCCACAUACAAAACAAUUUUUGAACAAUCCUUAAUGGCGAACGUUCGUGUGAGUUGCUUUCUGUGUCUGCUUCUUAGAAAUGUCGUCUGCGUUACCGGAAGCAACGACCCCGGAUUCGAACUAUUUUUCAAAACCAAUUUAGAAGAGAGACAAGAUGUUCCGAUUCAUUUUGACAACCCAUUACCGUCGUGGCUAAAGGGAACAUUGAUACGGAACGGUCUCGGAGAGUUUGAGCGAGGCGAACGGAAGUUCCUGCACGCAUUUGACGCCUUCGGGAAACUGAGUAGCUGGAAGUUUUAUGGAAACGGAAGUGCAUCCUUCUCCACGAAGUUUCUCGAGUCAGACUUUUACAAGGCCUCUAAAAGCAAGAACACAAUCGCCCCGUAUCUAUUGUUCGAGGGCGUGACGCCCGGCUUCAACGAGGUCGAGACACUCCAGGCAUUGGCUCAAGGCAUCGACAAUAUGAACGUCAACAUUUACGCAUUCUACAACAGCAACACCACGGUGCGGGAAUUCGUAGCGCUGAACGACUUCUGGAAAGUUUACCACAUCGACAAAAGCAGUCUGGCCACCAUCGAGAGCGUCACUGCCACCGUGCCUAAGGGCGGUUCGGGCAAAGGGAAAUUCGAGUUUCUCAACAUGCUCUCAUCGGCCCACCCGCUACCCGAACAUGGCACCGAAUUCCAUAUUACAUUCCUUUCAAGCGUGAGUCUGAUUCCAUGGGUUAAGAGCACCAUAUCAUUAAUACGGAUGAAGGACUUGAGGGAACGGGAGCUGAUUGCAAGUUGGGAGGUAGGCAAGGUGCCGUAUAUGCACUCGUUUUCAGUCACCAAGAACUAUGCCGUCUUGUUUGCCAGUCCGUUCUACGUGAACGUUUUGAAAAUGGUGGAGUCCGCCAAGCCGUUUAACAGUCUGGACUGGAACGCAGACGAAGACACCACGGUGUACGUGGUCCAUUUACAAUCUGGAGAGGUCACCGUGUUGAAGACCGAAAACAUGUUCACGAUGCAUCACGUGAACGCCUACGAGACUGGCAAUAACCAACUUGUAGUAGACGUCUCCUCGUAUAAAAAUCCGAACUUUGUAAGCGAUCUCCAGAUAGACGUCCUGAUGAACAAAACAAAACGUAACGGAUUCGACGCUCAUGCAUUUCUUAAACGUUAUUUAAUUAAUCUCCAUAAGCGGACAAUAGCGGUGUAUAAUUUCAGUUCGUCUACAAACGCACCAUUUGCAGCAUUCUUAGACAUGCCGGUUAUCAACGAACAGUUCCGUCACGAAAAGUACUGCUACAUAUAUGGCUUAGUGCUCAAAACGGACAAUAUCUCACUGAGUAACAUUGCGAUUGUCAAGAAGAACGUGUGUGGGGAUCCCUCCGGGGACAGAUACUGGUCGGCACCUGGCCACUACCCCGUGGAGCCGAGCUUUGUCCCCACCCCAGGGGCAGCCCGGGAAGACGACGGCUACCUCAUGUUCCCCGUCAUAGACGGCCCGCGCCGGAAGUCGUACCUGGCCGUUCUGGACGCUCGCACUUUACAGCUGAUAAACAAAUCCUAUCUACCAACAAUUGUACCCUAUAAUCUGCACGGACGCUUUUUUGGUGAUAAUGACCUUAAAUAAGGGGAUUGCUGCAUUUGUAUUAAACAUUGUGAUACAGAAUGUCGUUGCAAACAAUUACUGUCGCUGUCUGUUAUUGUUUACUGUGUUUUCCGAUGCGAAGUAUCCUCAAAAACAUAAAGUGAAUACGUUCUUAAAAGUUGUGUACAGUAUGAUGUAAAACCACAUUUACAUUGAUUUACGAUUUAAAGUUAUAUAACUUAUCAAUGUUCACUUGAAUUCAAGCGUUAUUUAUUUCUAGAUUGUCAUCACUUUCGAAUCUUAUUGAGUAUUUACUAUUCGAAUCUGAACCAAUGAAAAUAAAAUGGUCGACUGGAUACAGCGUAUGUCGAGUCCUUAGCCAUUUUGCAUGCGUGUGCACUUCAACCAAGGGAAUUAUAUUGUAUCGAAUCUAUAACAAAUAUGUAUUUGUUGACUUUCUGUGAAAUCACUUAUUUGCCCACUCCGUCUUAAGCCACUGCAUCGUUUUUUGUCUUCAACCGAAUGGAGUUAAACGUGUCUUUACUCUUCAUUAAAUGGAAGUGUUGAACACUUUUUAAGCGAUGAACGUACUAGUUUGUUGGCACUCUUUGAACAUUUUAAAUGUGUUAACUCAUCCUUCUAGAUAAUUAAUAUUGUGGUAUCACUGUUCAACAUGUAGAAUAACAACUUUGUUGGCAUUAUUUAAUCAAGAAUAACUGUGCGAGUUGUACAUUGUAUACAUAUAUUCGAACGCUUUAUGUCGCAUGUUGUGUUAAACAAUUUUCAGUUUCUUCAUUUAAUUUAUCAUCUCAACCGUGUAAUGUAAAACCUGAUCCAAGUGUAGACGUUUUAACGUAUGGAGUUUCUGGUGUUUUGGCACUAUUUUACCACUGUCAAUGUGCGGGUUCAUCAACCUAUCGAACUACUUUUGUUGCCAUGUGUGUUAAUCGAAUAUAAUGAGGCUUUGUGCCUGCAUUAUGUGAGGACCCAGAGUGUGGCACAGCUCUCCUACCUUAUUAGCUAUUGAUCACGAAAGUUUAAACUAAUUGUAAUUGUAACUGAAAAUUGAAGCGAUUGCUUUUUACUUAAAUAUAUCUUUAUUGCUGUUGUGUUACGGGUGGAAGCCGGAGUACCGGUUGAAACCCUACUUGUGCGGUAUGGUGACCACCAACCAAACUCGCAUGCUGUAGGGAGCGGUAAUGGAACCCGGGUAGCCUAUGUGAGAAAAGAGGGUACCAACCAAUGCGUGAUAACCAUACAGCCUUCUUUAUGUUGCCAUUUUUCAACUCUUGAGCGUCGUAAGAAGUGUCUCUGUUCAUGUACGCGUAUUAACCUGGUCAGUGUUGGAAAAAUAAGAAAAUUAUUAUGGCUUUCACAUUUUUAUGUUUACAUUUUCACCAUUUAUUAAAGAACAAAAUCCGUUAAAAUUCUGCAUGUUUUUCAUUUCGUGGAUGGA